AUCUUCAAAAGUCUUGAAUGCAUUCGAUUCUGGUUUUGGUUUUGUAAUUCUGUCAAUCAUUCUAUUCUUUCUUUGACUAAACUCUUCAACUGAUGUUUACAUUCAAUUGACAAUCAACUCAUUCGUGUUGUCUUUAAUUUGUUUUUUUAUUAAACACUUCUCUGUGAGAAUCAGAUGGAACUCAUUAUCCCUAACUCUAUUAGUCAUCAAACAACAAGUUAUGACACAACAAGUGAUGGCGAGAUGAGAAUUCCUCGGCCGCCGAAUGCCUUUAUGUUGUUUGGCAAAGAUUACCGCAAAGUAUUGGCCACAAAGUUUCAGARCUUGUCUAAUAAACAAAUUAGUAAACUGUUGGGCAACGAGUGGAAGAAUAUGAAUCUGGAAGACAAAACUAAGUAUCAACAGAUGGCUCAGGAGGCCCAUCAACAACACCUUCAGAAAUAUCCAGGAUAUUAUUACAGCCCAUUAGAGGCACGUCAGAGAAAAGCUGAACGAAAACGCAAGACAAGAAUGUCACGAACCUAUCAGCGAACCAAAGAAGAGACCGUAAAUGAAAGUCCAAUGAUUGCGCCAUUUGGUGGACACAGAUUUCCAUUUCAUAGUCCUAUCCAUCCAUUGAUAAGACCUGUGUUCGGUACACCUAUUCCUCCGCGAGUCAGGUUUGGUCAGCCGUACUUUCGGCCGCCACAACCGUUCGGCGGUUUUGCACAUUUCACAAAUUUUGUUUACCCGCCAACUCCAAGACCUCAACUGAUUGUUUCUGUUAAUAAUGACCACAAUUAUGCGGCACAACAGUCUACUGAUCAGUUGAGCGAGCAUUACAUUGACAUCAAUGAAGAUGAAGUUUCUCUUGAAUCGCAACCACAACAACAGCAAGAGUUUGUUUCUAAUGAAAUAUACCAACAAUUUGAGGACCAACUGCAAGAUGUGUCGCAAACUACAAAUCUAGAAAUGCUAUCAAAUUUCUUGCCUCCGAUGCAUAAUCCGAACAUUGAGGUCACAUCUGUCGAUAUCAAUGGUCUCAGACAUGAUAUUCUUUCUAAUGAAGAAGUGACUAAAAUGAUGAACGCAAGUGUCGAUCACUAUGUGAAUCAAUAUAUCAAAGAAGAACCCAUUGAUAUGACGACAAUCGAUGAUUAGAUGAAUAUCAGCGAAGAAAUUGUUAGUAAAACUUUAAAAAUAGUGAUUGUC